AUGGAUUUAAGGAAAAGUUGUCAUGUUCAGAAAUUUGAUGGUAAAGAUACAAAACAUCGAACUUUGAUAACAGCGGCGAAUUCAAAAAGUAAUUCAAAAGCAAAUUCAGUUGAACCAGAACAAUUAAUUAUUGAAGAAGAAUUAAGUAGUAAUGAUGAUGAUAAUGUUCGUCAACUUACUCCACAGGAAAAAGUUCAAGAUACCAAACUAAUACCCAGUGAUAAUUAUCAUAAAUAUUGUUAUAGACAUAAUCCUGAUGUUCAAACAAAUAAAGCUUCAGAUUUUAACAAGAUGAAUGAAAUUCAAUUAAAUUUAGAAAGAAUUCCUUCCAAGGAUCAAAAUAUGAUUAAUUCUAUAUGGUCAAAUUUUGGUAGUGCAAAUUCUUUCCAAAGAAAUUUAAUCUUACAAGGUUUAUUAACUCAAUGUUGUUUCCCUCAAUUAUCAUUUAUAUCACAAGAAAUUUCUUCAUUAAUUAGAAUAGAUUUUAUAAGUACAUUACCAGUGGAAAUUUCAUCUAAAAUCCUUUGUUAUUUAGAUUGUGCAUCAUUGUGUAAUGCAGCUCAAGUUUCUAAAAAAUGGCAAAAAUUAGCUGAUGAUGAUCGUGUUUGGCAUCAUAUGUGUGAACAACAUAUUGAUAGAAAAUGUCCAAAUUGUGGUUGGGGUUUACCUUUAUUAAGUAUGAAAAGAGCAAGAGAAUUCACAGUGGAGACAAAUAAACAAACUAAGAGACGUAAAUUAUCAUCAAGUUCAUCUGGAUCAUCAUCUGGAUCAUUUGGUUCAUCAUCAUCUGGUAAACCUGAAUUUAAAACAAGACCUUGGAAAACUGUUUAUUCUGAAAGAUUUAAAGUUGAAAGAAAUUGGAGAAAAGGAAUUUUCAAAACAAGAGAAUUUAAAGGUCAUAAAGAUGGUAUAUUAUGUUUAAAAUAUGAUCAUAAAUAUUUAUUUACUGGUUCAUAUGAUACAACAAUUAAAAUGUGGGAUAUUAAUACAGGUGAAUGCUUGAAAACUUUAGAAUCUCAUCAAAAAGGUGUUAAAUCAUUGGUAUUUGAUGAACAAAAAUUAAUUACUGGAUCAUUUGAUUCAACAAUAAAAGUUUGGAAUUAUCAUUCUGGUGAAUGUAUAUCAACUUAUAGAGGUCAUACAGAUUCAGUAUUAAGUGUUGAUUUUUAUAAAAAAUUUAUAGUUAGUGGUUCAGCAGAUCGUACACUUAAAAUUUGGAAUGUUGAAAAUAGAACAUGUUAUGCAUUAAGAGGUCAUUUAGAUAAUGUCAAUAGUGUUAAAAUUCAUUCAAAAUCAUUAACCGUAUUCAGUGGUUCAGAUGAUUGUACUAUAAGAAUGUGGGAUUUAAAAACAAAUAAAUGUUUAAAAAUUUUUAAAGGUCAUAUUGCAGAAGUUCAAAAAGUUAUACCAUUAAAUUUACCAGAAGAUUAUGAAUUAAGUCAAGAUAUUAAUGAAGGUGAUGAAGAAGAGGAGGAAGAAGGUGAAGAUGAAUUAAGUGAAGAUGCAUCCGAAUUUGGAACAAUUGAUUAUAAUGAUUCAACAAGAGAAUAUCCAACAUAUUUAUUAACAGCAUCAUUAGAUAAUACUAUAAAAUUAUGGAAUGUUAAAACUGGUAAAUGUAUUCGUACACAAUUUGGUCAUGUUGAAGGGAUAUGGGAUAUAAGUUGUGAUAAUUUUAGAAUUGUUAGUGGUGCUCAUGAUAGAUUUACUAAAAUUUGGGAUUUACAAACUGGGAAAUGUAUGAAUACAUUUUCAGGUCAUAAUAGUCCAGUUACAUGUGUUGGAAUUGGAGAUUCAAGUUUUGCAAGUGGAUGUGAUACAGGACUUGUCCGUUUAACAAAUUUUGAUAUUAUGUGA